UUGAGUUUGGAAGAGUCUCUUGGCCUGAAUUAAAGUGCUAAGGAGCAACUUCUGUCUCCCAGCAACAUGAGUGAAAACUCUCAUAGAAGUCUCAUACAUGACAACCUGGUUGAACUGAGAUGCCACUUUACCUGGAAGUUGGUUAUAAAAGAGAAGGCCAUCCAUGAUUUGGAAGAGAAACUCUCAGAGACUGAGUUCCAUGAUACCAACUACAGCAUCGGGAUGCACAACCUCUUGGCCUACGUGAGACACCUCAAAGGCCAGCACGAGGAAGCCCUGCAGAGCUUGAAGGAAGCUGAAGCCUUGGUCCAGAGAGAGCAGUUGGGCAAGAGAAGCCUGGUGACCUGGGGCAACUGUGCCUGGGUGCAUUACCACAGGGGUGGCUUGGCCGAAGCCCAGGACUACCUGGACAGGAUGGAGAAGGUCUGCAAGGAAUGUUCAAGUUCCUCCCGCUACAGGAUGGAGUGUGCUGAGAUGGACUGUGAGGAAGGCUGGGCCUUACAAAAGUGUGGAGGCCAAAAUUAUAAACGAGCCUUGGCCUGCUUUGCAAAGGCUCUGAAAGUGAAGCCUGAAAACCCUGAGUACAACACAGGCUAUGCAGUCGUAGCCUAUCGCCUGGAUUACUAUGAAGGGACUUCUCUAGAACCCUUAAGGAAGGCUGUCAGCCUAAAGCCAGAAGAUCCACGCAUUAAAGUUCUCCUUGCCCUAAAGCUUCAGGAUUUACGAAAAAUAGAUGAAGCAGAAAAACUCAUUGAAGAAGCUCUGCCCAGAAUAUCCUCCCAGAACAAUAUCUUUGGUUAUGUUGCUAAAUUUUACCGAAGAAAAGGUUGUAUGGAGGAAGCUCUUAAGUUCCUUGAAAGAGCAUUGCAGACAAAACCUUCCUCUGCUUACUUGCAUUUCCAGAUUGGCCUUUGCCAUAAAACACGAUUAUUUCAAAUGAGGAAAGCUACAAACAGGCAACCUAGAGGGGAGGGUGGAGAGAGAAGAAGGCAAUCCCUCCGUCUCGCUAUAUGUCAUUUUGAAAGGGCUUUAGAACUGAAACCCACAUAUGACAGAGCAUAUAUUGAUUUGGCUGAAGUGUACUCAGAAAAUCAUCAACUAAAAGAGGCAGAGGACAAUUUUCAGAAAGUGUUGAACAUGAGUAACUUAGUAGAUUAUAUGCAGCAAGAGCUUCAUUUACGCUAUGGCAAGUUCCAACAAUUCCAUAAGGAAUCAGAAGAGACAGCGAUCACAUAUUACUUAAAAGGCCUGAAAAUAGAGGUGACUUCUUACUCCAGGGAUAAUCUUCUCAGGGCUUUGGAGAAGCUGGCUAAUAAACGCAUUUACCAGAAUGUUGAUGUUGUGGGAAGCUUGAGCCUCCUCGGGUUUGUCUACAGACUGAAAGGGGACACAAGUGAAGCCAUGGCAUGUUAUGAGAGGGCCUUGAGGCUCACAGGAGCAGUGCACCCUGAGUUUUGAGGUAGAGUUUAUUAAAAGGCUUAUUAAAUGUGGGCAUGACUCCCUAUUCUACUAUUCUUUUGUAGCUGUUCUCUCAACUAUAUAGAACCUAAUGAAUUAAGAUGCAGGUGAUGCCUUUCCUAUUUCAUGCCUUUAUACAGUCCUGAGUUUUUGUUGCAGACCUGUGAGUGUGACAGGAGUGUCCAUUCUCCUGCACACAUUACUGCACAUUCUCAUUAUGAGUGUGCCUUUGGAGUGCAUGACCUAUAUACCACGAGUCCUCCAGUAUCCUGGUCAAAGGACAGUGGACACAGUAAGGCUUACUUUUCAUGAGACUUUCCAACCUUUAGUAAUAUCUGAGAACAAAAUAAAUGAGCAAGGGUGAGCACUAAACAGGAAAGGAAAUGUUUCAGUCCAUAGCUCUAUUUUCAUAGGCUUUACUGUAGCCAUAACCUGCUGGUCAAUGGCCUUCAACCAUAUAAUCAAUAGAACUUUUUGUAUACAAAUGUCUGAUUUCAGACAAUUGUGGUGGAUUUCUGUGGUCCAAAUACAUUGGUAUUUAUUUCCCACUAAGAAAGCUUUAAGGUUUCAGGAAGAUAGAGUUAGGGAGUAACCCCUUUGGAAUGAGCCUACAAAAAAAUGAUAUAAUAGCUACCUGACAUUGUUCAGACUAUUGAGAGUUGUGUAACAUUACCUUGUUAUUUUCCUAACCUAUCAUAUUCAAUAAAAUCUGCUAAUAUCACAGAAAUUUUA